AUGGCCAAAAACUAUGGCUUCCUUAUUUGCAUACUUGUCAUGGUGAUGGAUAUUAUUGCAGGCAUACUAGGCAUUCAAGCAGAGUCAGCUCAAAACAAGGAGAAACCAAUGAAGAUAUGGCUAUUUGACUGUAGAUAUCCUAGCCAUCAAGCUUUUAAAUUAGGAGUUGCAGCAGUUAUUCUCUUGCUUCUUGCUCACGCAAUUGCUAACUUACUUGGAGGUUGCAUUUGUGUUUGGUCUAGAGAUCAAUACCGAUCUGCUACAGCUAAUAGGCAAUUGGCAGUGGCUUUUCAAAUCUUCUCUUGGAUUGUGUUAGCAGUUGCAUUCUCUAUGCUGAUCAUAGGCACGUUAGCAAACGCAAGAUCAAGAAAAUAUUGUGGAAUAUUUAAUCACAGGUUUUUAUUCAUAGGUGGCAUUUUGUGUUUCAUACAUGGAUUGUUCACUCUUCCUUAUUAUGUUUCUAUCACUGCCAUGAGAAGGGAAGAAAAGAGGCAACAAACUCCAGGACCCGCCGUAAUACGCACUUAA